CAUAAAAUAAAAUGCUGAUUCUUUAUUAAUCGCUGUUCAAGAUUCCCAUUCUCGGGCGCUCCGCAAAAACGGGGCAGUUGGAGAUGCGUGGAGAAUACGAGCCUGCCGAGGCUCCUUUUCUUCGAGUCAAGGCCCGCCCAACCAGAUCCAGAUCGUAUGUCCGAGUGCACCUGUGACCUUCAAACGCACAUGCCGAUGCUUCCUUCUUUCUUCCCAAACCUCGUUCUGUCCUUUUUUUCCCUCCUUUCCUUUUUUCUCCUUUCUUCAUUCGAGAUUGGUAUUUGGGCAGAUAGACCAUAGAAGAUAGACGUUUGGGAAGAAAGAGGAAUUGGUUGCAUAAUUUCAGGAAGUGAAUACUCGAGAAUCCCCUUCUCCUCCCAAUCGCAGAGAUUCACCCAUGGCUCCAAUCCAAUACCCCACCGACCCCGACGCCCUCGUCAAAGCCCUCCGCGUCCCUCCCCCACCAGGAACGCCCUACUCCCUCCCGAUCCCCGGCAGCGAGAAGGAGGGCCGCACGCCCGUCUACAGACAUUGGCGGUUCGUCGAUAGUCCGCUGCUGCAGACGGUCGAUCCCAAGAUCUUGACGGCGCACGAUGCGUUUGAGUCCACGGUCAAGAAGCGGCCAAACGCGAGAUGUUUGGGGAGUCGGCCGUGGGAUCCGGUCGCUAAGACGUUUGGCAAAUAUGAGUGGAUGACUUAUGCGGAACUUGCGUCGCGGAGAAAGAACUUUGGUGCUGGGGUUGUGGAGUUGCAUAAGAAGGCUGGCGUUACGGAAGAGAAAUAUGGUGUUGGGCUGUGGUGUCAGAAUCGUCCUGAAUGGCAGAUUUCUGAUUUGGGUUGCAUGUCCCAGUCCCUUUUUACGGUUUCUAUCUACGAUACUUUGGGCCCGGACACGACUGAGUAUAUUGUCAACCAUGCUACGCUUACAUGUGUCAUUACCUCUCUACCUCAUAUACCGACUCUGCUGAAGCUUGCUCCACGGAUACCGUCUCUGAAGCUUAUUAUUUGCUUGGAUCAGUUGGAUGCAGGGGAACGACCUGGCAACUCCAAGUUUGCAAUUUUGAAUACUCUAGCUGCUGAUGCUGGUAUUUCGAUCCAUUACAUUGAGGAUGUUGAAGCUUUGGGAGCUGCUUCUGGACUACCUAUGAAGCCACCUCGGCCUGAGGAUAUCAUUACUAUCAACUAUACUUCUGGAACGACUGGCAAUCCAAAGGGAGUAGUCCUGACACACGCCACUGCCGUAGCAGCAACUACUACUGCUCUAGUCACUAGUGAUACGCUGCCCUCAGAUGUCUUGAUCUCAUACUUACCACUGGCACACAUUUACCAAAGAGUAGCUGAACAUGGCGCUUUGGCAUCUGGUGCAUCCAUUGGAUAUUUCCGUGGAGAUAUUCUAGGACUAGUAGAUGACAUGAAGAUCCUACGACCAACAGGUUUCAACUCUGUUCCUCGACUCUACAACCGCUUCGGCUCUGCCAUUCGAGCAGCAACGCUCGAUGCGCCAGGUCUAAAAGGAACCAUGGGACGACACGUUAUCAACACCAAGCUCGCCUCCAUGAAACUACCUCCCGGACAAGCAACAAACAAACACAUGCUCUGGGACCGAAUCUUCACUCCCAAACUAGCCAGCGCCUUCGGCCUCCAACGCUGCCGCGGAAUGGUUAGCGGAAGCGCGCCCCUCGACCCCAGCCUCCAGCAAUUCCUCCGCGCCGCCUUCGGAAACGACAUCAUCCAAGGCUACGGCCUAACAGAAACGUACGCCACGGGCCUCGCGCAGCUCGAAGGCGACUACUCAGCCGGAAACUGCGGCGCCAUGUCCGUCAACGCCGAAGCAUGUCUCCAAUCCGUCCCUGACAUGGACUACCUCGUAACCGACUCGCCCAACCCCCGCGGCGAGCUGCUCAUUCGCGGCAAGACGCGGUUCCGCGAGUACUACAAGAAUGAAGCCGAGACGGCAAAAGCUAUCAUCGAAGAUGGAUGGUUCCGCACUGGCGACAUCGCUGAGAUCGAUUCCAUGGGCCGCUUCAAGAUCAUCGAUCGAGUGAAGAACGUAUUGAAAUUAGCACAGGGAGAAUACAUCUCCCCAGAACGAAUCGAAAACGUAUAUCUGGCCAACACGAACAUAAUCUCGCAAGCCUACGUGCACGGCGAUUCCACACAAUCAUUCCUCGUCUCGGUCCUCGGCAUCGACCCCAUUGCCUUCGCGCCAUUCGCUUCUAGCGUCCUGAAGAAAACCAUCAAACCAGAAGACGUGGACGCCAUCAAAGCCGCAGCCCGCGAUCUCCGGGUCCGGAAAGCCGUCGUCAGGGAACUAGAAAAGAUCGGGAAGAAAAAUAAAUUUAACUCUUACGAACGAGUGCGGAACUGCCAUUUGGAACUCGAUCCCUUUACCAUCGAGAAUGAGUUGUUGACUCCUACGUUAAAACUGAAGCGUCUGCAGACAGCGAAACGGUUCCGGGCCGAGAUCGAUAAGAUGUACGCUGAUUCGCUAGCGGAGGAGACCCCGAGGGCGAAGUUGUAGGUAGGGGCUUGUAUACAUACAUAUAUUUAACUUUUUGGUAUAGUGUAGGUUUUGGGUGAAAAGAGAGAGAAAUUAAAUGUUAGCUGCCUAGCUAUCUCU